AUGAGCGGCGCCGUCUGCCGCACGCCCCCGGCGCCGUCUGCCGCACGCCCCCAGCGCCGUCUGCCGCACGCCCCCGGCGCCGUCUGCCUCACGCCACCGGCGCCGUCUGCUUCACGCCACCGGCGCCGUCUGCUUUACGCCACCGGCGCCGUCUGCCGCACGCCCCAGCGCCGUCUGCCGCACGCCCCCGGCGCCGUCUGCUUCACGCCCCCGGCGCCGUCUGCUUCACGCCACCGCCCAAGACUGCCGCACGCCACCCGCGCCGUCUGCUUCACGCCACCGCCCAAGACUGCCGCACGCCCCCGGCCAAGUCUGCUUCACGCCACCGGCGCCGUCUGCUUCACGCCACCGCCCAAGACUGCCGCACGCCCCCGGCCAAGUCUGCUUCACGCCACCGGCCCAGUCUGCCGCACGCCACCGCCCAAGUCUGCCGCACGCCACCGCCCAAGUCUGCCGCACGCCACCGCCCAAGUCUGCCGCACGCCACCGCCCAAGUCUGCCGCACGCCACCGCCCAAGUCUGCCGCACGCCACCGCCCAAGUCUGCCGCACGCCACCGCCCAAGUCUGCCGCACGCCACCGCCCAAGUCUGCCGCACGCCACCGCCCAAGUCUGCCGCACGCCACCGCCCAAGUCUGCCGCACGCCACCGCCCAAGUCUGCCGCACGCCACCGCCCAAGACUGCCGCACGCCACUGCCCAAGACUGCCGCACGCCACCGCCCAAGUCUGCCGCACGCCACCGCCCAAGUCUGCCGCACGCCACCGCCCAAGACUGCCGCACGCCACCGCCCAAGUCUGCCGCACGCCACCGCCCAAGACUGCCGCACGCCACCGCCCAAGACUGCCGCACGCCACCGCCCAAGACUGCCGCACGCCACCGCCCAAGACUGCCGCACGCCACCGCCCAAGUCUGCCGCACGCCACCGGCGCUCAUCGUCAUCCCAGAGGGGGAGGAGUGGUCACUAG